UCAUGUGGAAGAUGACCUGAAUGUAUGGCGUGAUACGUCAUGACGCUAGCCUCCGGUCUCUGCCCGGACCCAGGUGCGUUGUCUAUGGCGCGUUAGUUCCCCUAGAGCGUCCCGUAUCCUUCCGGAGGUGGCCCCGCCUUUGGGGCGGGGAGGAAGACUGGUUUUGGCGGGAAUUGGAAGGCUGUUAGGGGAAAAAAACAACAAUGCAGGCAUUUCUGAAAGGUCCAGUCAAUGCUAAACCUCUGUCUACUAAAGAACGGGGAGUUGCUGCGACUGCGGGAUGCAGUGGGGAGAGCAAGAAGCUCAGACCCAUCCCUUGGGUGGAAAAAUACCGUCCAAAAUGCAUGGAUGAAGUUGCGUUUCAAGAGGAAGUUGUUGCAGUACUGAAGAAAUCCUUACAGGGAGUUGAUCUUCCCAACCUCUUGUUCUAUGGCCCUCCUGGAACUGGGAAAACAUCUACUAUCUUGGCAGCAGCUAGAGAACUCUUUGGUCCUGAACUGUUCCGGCAGAGAGUCCUUGAGUUAAAUGCAUCUGAUGAACGUGGAAUACAAGUCAUUCGGGAGAAAGUCAAGAAUUUUGCUCAGUUGACAGUAUCGGGAAAUCGUUCAGACAACAAGCCAUGUCCGCCUUUUAAGAUCAUAAUCCUGGAUGAAGCAGAUUCUAUGACCUCAGCAGCCCAAGCAGCUUUAAGGCGCACCAUGGAGAAAGAAUCGAAGACCACACGAUUCUGCCUUAUCUGUAAUUACAUCAGCCGGAUAAUUGAACCAAUUACAUCUCGAUGUUCCAAAUUUCGUUUCAAGCCACUUUCUGACAAAAUCCAACGGCAGAGACUGCUAGACAUUGCUGAAAAGGAGAAUGUGAUGGUCAGCAAUGAGGCAAUUGAUUACCUUGUUCAUGUGGCAGAAGGAGAUUUGAGAAAAGCCAUCACGCUUCUUCAGAGUGCUACACGACUGACAGGGGGAAAAGAGGUGACAGAGAAAGUUGUUACUGAAAUUGCAGGGGUUGUCCCUAAAGAAAUGUUGGAUGGACUGCUAAGUGCCUGUCAGAGUGGUUCUUUUGAAAAGCUGGAAGCGGUAACAAAGAAUGUGAUCAGUGAAGGCUAUGCAGCUACUCAACUUAUAAAUCAGCUUCACGAUAUCAUUGUUGAGAAAGAAGACCUCAGUGACAAGCAGAAAUCUGUGAUUGUAGAGAAAUUUGCUGAAGCAGACAAGUGCUUGGCAGAUGGUUCUGAUGAGUUCUUGCAGUUGAUCAGCCUCUGUGCAGUAGUGAUGCAACAGCUAAUUCAGAAUAGCUAACUGUAGGGAAUAAGUGUCCUUUUGCUAUAAUAGACUUUUUCUCUGCAGUGUUGGCACACUGUUUGCAAACUGUUCUGUAAAUAAAGGUAGUCAGAAAAAGA